CUGAAAAUUUUAUUACAUCACUUUACACUUCCUUAUCCUCCUGUUUUAAACACAAAAAGAAAACACAAAAGAUACAAAGAGACAAACCCGCCUUGUUGUAAUUACUGUGAUUUUAAGAUGACAGCAUGCCUACCUGAAGCUGUUCACACCCUUGGAAUCAGACUCAGAACUAUCACACUAUCAAUGCCGAAACAAAACGAAUUAAUCCAAGUGCAGUACAGCUCAUAGCACUCAUUAAACUCCCAGUUCACACACCUAAAGAAGUUAAUCCAGAUCUUAAAGAUCAGGUUACAGAAUGGUGCAUUUCAGGGUUGGAGUUGCGUCAGACCUCCUUGGAUCUUUAAAAAUGCGAUUUCAGAAAGCAUUUCAAAUCCAUCCUGAACUACCAAUUCAACGCUUUUUCCACUGAGAGAUCGCAGGUUGAGAGGAUGGCAGCAUGGGUGUGUUGCUCGCUGAUUGCUGUUUUAUUGUGUCUUGCCAAAGGACCUGUCACAGGAGCCGUUGAUUUGGAAAAAGUGUUACCAUCAGAAAAGCCAGGAUCAUGUCCAAACCCCUUGGACCAGGACUGUGUGCUGAGAUGUGUUCUGGUGACAGUAGCUGUCCAAACAACCAGAAAUGCUGCAGCAAUGGAUGUGGACAUCAGUGUAUGGCUCCAUAUAAAGUUGGACCAGCAAAGCCAGGAGUGUGUCCUAGAAACAAUGUUAAAAAAAUGGUGUUAGGAGUGUGUGCUGAGAUGUGUUCCUAUGACAGUGAUUGUCCAAACAAUCAGAAAUGCUGCAGCAAUGGAUGUGGACAUAAGUGUAUGCCUCCAUAUAAAGAAAAGCCAGGAGUGUGUCCAGGCAAAAACCUCAAAAUAGGAGUGUGUGCUGAAUCAUGUUCCCAUGAUGGUAACUGUCCAAACAAUCAGAAAUGCUGCAGCAAUGGAUGUGGACAUCAGUGUAUGGCUCCAUAUAAAGAAAAGCCAGGAGUGUGUCCAAAAACAACUCCCAGAAUAAAAGGUGUUUGCGCUGAGUUGUGUUCUCAUGAUGGUGACUGUCCAAAUGAUGAGAAAUGCUGCAGCAAUGGAUGUGGACAUCAGUGUACGGCUCUACCUAAAGAAAAGCCAGGAGUGUGUCCAAUGACUUUGGCUGGAUUAAGAGGACCGUGUGAAGCGUUGUUUGCCAGUGACUUUGACUGUCCGAAAAAUGAGAAGUGCUGCAGCUCUAUAUGUGGAGGAAGUUUAUGUACACCUGCAUUUUAA